CUUACAUGUAUCAUUGCGUGACAUUAUAUUUAUACAUUUUUUCAGUCUUUCAACUUUAUAUGCGCUUUUCUUUUUGUGAAGGUAAGAUAUGUAAUAAGUGUUGCAUAGAUGAAACCGUUAUAGUGUACUUGUAAAUAAAGUACUUUCUGUAUUUCAUGCAGAAACCUGUACCAGUGUAGGUUUCGGAUCUUCUUGAUUUUUAAAUGUUUUUAUGAAAUCAAUAAUACAUGCCAAUAUAGUUAAUUGAAACAAUUGCCUACCAUAACAUUUUCUUCUAAUCAUCUAUUUAACGUAACUUUUAUUUCGAAAGUUGAUUUAUAUAUAUGUACAUCAAUGAAACAUGAUGUGUCAGAAAAUUCAUAUGAAUACAGAAAACGAAUAUGUUAAAGAUAAAAGGUAGCCCUUAAUUUUAAUUUUUCGAAGAAUUAACAAUUUUAUAAAUGAAACUUUCCGCGUUUACAGAAAUUCUUCUGUAACAUAUUCAUGUUCGUCAACAGAAGAACUGUUAAGUAAAACAAAAUUAAAUAUCAUUUUAACAAAUAGAGGUCUUCAAAUAUAUGGUACAUGGAGUAAAACCAAAUUCUUAGAAUUACUUGCAAAUAAAUUAAAACAAUGUAUUCAAAGUCAAAUAAGUUCGACAAAAUUGCGUACUGAAAUUGUAAAUGAGAAACGAUUAUGGGUCACCAUACAUAGUGGAUUAUACAAUAUGUAUGUUUUAAGAACAUUACAAAAAAAUGGUAACUAUCAACGCUAUAGUUAUAUUAUUAACAAAUUUUUCAUUGAUUGCAUACUAUUCCAGGUAUGUCCAUGUACACUAUUGCAAAAGCAAUGAAGCUCGGCCUUAUUAGUCUUAAUUCAUGUGAACUUUCUUAUUUUAAAUGUUUCCGCGUUGAUUCGUACAUAUUAGAAUUCAAAGACAUGUGGAUUGACAAACUUAGCUAUGAAUUAAUAUCAAAUUUAAGAACUACUGGUUUAAAAGAAUUAGACUGUUGGCACAUUAUUAUACAUGGAGUAGAACUUCAAAGCUCAUACAUGCUUUGUCACUUACUGUUCAGUGGUAUUGACAUUCCUGGGAUUCUUAAUUGGCAAUCUUCUCUUAAGCAAGCAUCGCAUAAGAUUCCGAAAUUCUUAAAUUAUAUUGGAGUAGAAGAAGAGGUAAUAGAAUUAGUAGAACAAUAUGGAAUUAACGAAGAAAUCGAACAAAUGUUGACUGAUAUUGGCCUGAAUCAAUUUAAAGAAGAAUGUUCACAUGAAAUAAUAUGUGAAUGUUUCUUAACUAUUUUGGAAUCAGAUACUUGUAAUUUACAAAUAAUGAAUAGUCUGAGCAAAAUGACUGAGUCUGAUAGCAUUUCCACUGCUUGUGAUGUAUCAGAUCAUUUGCAACGUGAUUGCCAAUGUUAUCUUACAGUAGGCAGAAAAACAACAGAAGAACAGAUUGUUCAAAGAAAUGAUUAUUUAAGACAGAAUGUUAUGGUGCCAAUAGCAUGGGCAAUGGCUAGAACUUUAAAAUACAAACCGUCAGACCCUCUGCACUAUCUAGCAUAUGAGCUAUUUCAUUGGAAACACGGUAAUAUUAAUCAACAAAAGAAAGAAAGUAUCAAAGAAAGUAUUGCAUUAGCUACAGUAGCAAUGGAUCGUAAACUAAUUCUGAGAAAACACAUGGAACAGAAGAAGUUAAUUAAAGAUCAGAAUGAGGAAGCCAUGAAAAAUAUUCCUUGUAUAAUUUGUAAGAAGCGUCAGGAGUUACAUCGUAUUAAGGAAGCUUGUUGGAAAUGCGUAACCAAGCCAAUAACGAAACAGGAACCUUGUGAAUUUCCAGAAGUAUGCAGUUCAUGCAAAAUGGAAGUACUAUCAAAGAAACUCGAGUCUUGCCAAUUUUCUCAAUACUGUAGCUCCUGUAAAAUCGAUAAUGCUUCAUUAAACAAAUUUGAAGCUUGCCAACAGUUCUACGCAUAAUACCUUCAAAGGGUGAACACUUUAAAACACCGUUUAAUAGAAAUUGCUUAAAAAAUUCGUUUAUUUUGUAAUUUUCCUUGUACACUCGUCUCCCGUGUACGAAAACAGAUACUGGCUGUAUCCGUGCGUGAACAAUUAAUGAAAUUGAAAAGGAAUGAAUGCUCGACAUCACAAAAUACACUCGAAAUGUAUCGUGGCAGUGAUGUGCUGUGAUCGCAUCUUGUAAAAAAGUAUAAACAACUUAUUGUUAGUUUUCUAAAUUCCUCGCGGAGUCUCUUCUUUCCUUGUGGCAUCUAUCAACACGUAAUUCUAAAAUAAAAUUACAAUAUAAAAUUCCGAUUACACUCGCUACGGGGGGGGAUACGAACAGUUUAAAAAUACGAACGCGUAUACAUUUCAAGUUCCGACGGUGUACGAUGUUGCGAACCGCGUUUUAUUACAAUCAACAGAGUGUAUACCGUUCGCUACGACUUUCCUUGUUUUUGUUCGUGUAACUGCAAAGCAACUCUUAGUUUCGUAAGUAUGAUAAACAAUGCUGGUAUUUUGUGGAAGCAUUUUUACGUUCGUUCGAAACGGAACAGAAGGUCUGCUGUUGGAUCGUCGAAUAGACGAGCUUCGAAAAUAUCAGCAUCAAUAAUACCCUCUAUGUGUCUAUUAUAAAAGAAAAAAACAUCAACCGUUUUAAACCAUAAGAUACGGUUCGUUAUAAUUAAACCGUGGAUGUUGCGCACACGGGAAAACGGAUGAGAAUUGAAGAAAUUUAACGAUGACAUUCCUAUUUUUACACAAAUAAAUUCUUCAACGAGGAACAUAAAUAUGUCCGUUUCAAGUUCCAGCUUAAUAAAUAAAACUUUAAAAAUGUACGUUCGCAUAAACAUCCGCGGUCUAGUUAUAAUUAAUUCUACAUCGUCUUUGUAUACAAAAUAUAAAACUGAUUUUUUGCAGGUUUAACACUCGCGUUUCGCUGACUGGCACGGGGCCUUCUUGUACAUAUACAUAUACAUAUAUAUGUAUAUAUCGUUAUACAUUUAUUGUAAAAGAAGAAAAAAAUGAAACGUUGCUCGGCAACACCAGGUUUCAGCAGUUUCUCUUUUAAAGAGUCUUCUAAUCGACGGGAAUGAAGGAACGCGACAGCUCCGAUUGUCCCGCGGACCGCGAAGUGUUAAUGAUUCAGGUACUACUGCAAUGAAUCAAUGAUACAGGCUAUUUUUCCACAUGUCGGGGUAAAAAGGAAAAAAUAUGUGAAAACGGAAAAAGUACGGAUAGUGAAUCUCGGUGAAAUUCCAUAACGGGUUCCUGUCCGGUUUCCAGCACUCUUCUGCAUACAUGUUUUCAUUUCUGAUCGAAGAUACAGAGAUAUUUCAAUAAAAUAGCAACGUAUCAAAAUAUAUUUUUCUGCAUCUAUCUGUUUGGUCUAUAAUCCUGAGCUACUAACAAAAACGGGGGUUCCCUAU